CUUCGAACAUAAGCGCUCUUUCAGCGUGCGCGCUACCCUUGUGCGCACAUCCAUGUGCUUCGCGCUCGCCGGUAAUGAAAGUUUUUACCCCAGAAAAGAUUGUUUAUUAAGACGUGUAGCUUUUCCCCAUCUACCGCCGCUUGACGGCUUGGAUGACAACGAUGGACCUGACCACCAUUCUUGAGAAAACAGUCUCACCAGACAAAAAUGAAUUGGAGGCAGCGCAGAGGUACCUGGAACAGGCCGCCCAGACCAAUCUGGCGGAGUUCCUUCGCUCCCUUUCGGAAGUUCUCCAAGGGGCGAACAACAGCCCUGUGGCCCGCAUGGCCGCAGGCCUCCAGAUCAAGAACAGUCUCACAUCCAAAGACAAUGACCUGAGGACACAGUACCAGCAGCGGUGGCUUUCCUUUCCCCAGGAGGCGCGCAUGUACAUCAAGAAUAAUAUCCUGAGCGCACUUGGCACAGAGACAAUCCGCCCAAGUUCAGCAGCACAGUGUGUGGCAUAUGUUGCUGUGGCUGAACUGCCUCAAAUGCAAUGGCCAGAUCUUAUACAAGUGCUGACAAACAAUGCAACAAACCCAGCUUCCACAGAAAUGCUCAGGGAGGCCACAUUGGAAGCAAUUGGCUAUAUCUGCCAAGACAUUGAGCCUGACGUGUUAUUGGGUCAGAGCAAUGAUAUCUUGACAGCAAUUGUUCAUGGAAUGCGCAAGGACGAACCUUCAGAGCAUGUCAAGCUUGCCGCAACAACCGCUUUGCUCAAUUCUCUCGAGUUCACGAGAGCAAACUUUGAAAAGGACUCUGAAAGGCACUUCAUUAUGCAGGUGGUGUGUGAAGCUACCCAGUCAAGCAACACACAGGUGCGAGUCGCAGCACUACAGUGCCUUGUGAAGAUAAUGUCAUUGUAUUACCAGUACAUGGAGCACUACAUGGGGCCUGCCCUUUUCGCUAUUACUAUGGAGGCAAUGAAGAGUGAUAUUGACGAAGUGGCGUUGCAGGGCAUUGAAUUCUGGUCAAAUGUCUGUGAAGAGGAAGUGGACCUCUCUAUUGAAGCCUCCGAAGCAAGUGAACAGGGCCGCCCUCCAGCAAGGACUUCUCGUUUCUAUGCCAAAGGUGCCCUGCAGUACCUCGUGCCCAUUCUAGUACAGACGCUUACUAAACAGGAGGAGCAUGAUGAUGAGGAUGACUGGAACCCAUGCAAAGCAGCUGGUGUCUGCCUCAUGCUGAUGGCCAGCUGUUGUGAAGAUGACAUGAUUUCCCACAGUCUGCCUUUUGUACGGGAGCACAUCAAGCAUCCCGAUUGGAGGUAUCGAGACGCUGCAGUCAUGACGUUCGGCUGCUUGCUGGAGGGACCUGACCCAGCCAUCUUGAAGCCUCUCGUGGAGCAAGCGAUGCCCACGCUCAUUGAGCUUAUGUGUGACCAAAGUGUGGUGGUGCGUGACACAGUGGCCUGGACUAUUGGACGUGUCUGUGAGAUUAUUCCCGAGGCAGUGGUUGCCGAGAACUACCUGGGUCCUCUGCUCCAGGCAUUGGUGAAAGGACUGGGUGCAGAACCUCGAGUUGCAGCCAAUGUGUGCUGGGCGUUCAACAGCCUGGCUGAAGCGGCCUUUGAAGCUGCAGACACUCCUGGUGACGGAUCAGAGCCAGAAACUUACUGCCUGUCAGAAUACUUUGAAGUUAUAGUAUCAAAGCUCCUGGAGACGACAGAAAGGGCAGACGGGGGCCAGGCGAAUCUUCGAAGUGCGGCGUAUGAGGCUCUAAUGGAGCUCGUGAAAAACUCGCCGCGUGAUUGCUACGUGUGGGUGCAGCGCACUACCAUGAUCAUCCUGGAGCGGCUGCAGCACGUGCUAGCUCUAGAAGGCCAUAUCCAGAGCAGCUCUGACCGGGCUCAGUACAACGACCUGCAGUCGCUUCUGUGCGCCACAUUGCAAAGUGUGCUGCGCAAGAUGACCCUGGAGGAUGCUCCAAAGAUAUCUGAUGCCGUGGUGGCGGCCCUGCUGCAAAUGUUCAGUUCGAGCAGCGGCCGUGCAGGCGGAGGUGUGCAGGAGGAUGCGCUCAUGGCGGCCUCCACUCUUGUUGAAGUUCUAGGUGACAAGUUUGUCAAGUACAUGGAAGCCUUCCGGCCUUUUCUGGCCAUUGGUCUCAAGAACCAUGCAGAAUAUCAGGUGUGCUCAGCUGCCGUGGGUCUGACUGGUGACAUCUGCAGGGCUUUGGGACCUCAGGUGCUCCCCUUCUGUGAUGACGUCAUGACAAUGCUGCUGGAAAACUUAGGGAACAAUAAUGUACAUCGCUCGGUGAAGCCUCAGAUACUGUCAGUCUUUGGUGAUAUUGCCCUGGCCAUUGGACCAGAGUUCAAGAAGUUCCUGGACAUUGUGCUUCAAACAUUGGCUCAAGCCUCUGUGGCCUAUGUUGACAAGCAUGACUAUGAGAUGGUAGAAUACCUGAAUGAGUUGCGGGAAGGCUGCUUGGAAGCUUACACCGGCAUUGUUCAAGGACUCAAGGGAGACCAGAAUUCUCCGAAUGCUGAUGUUCAACUGCUGCUGCCACACGUGCCACAUAUUAUAAACUUUAUCUCUUCGAUUGCUGUCGACAGUGACCAUUCAGAUACCAACAUCGCCUCUUGUGCUGGACUCAUUGGGGACCUGUGCACAGCAUUUGGUAUUCAGAUGCUUCCCCUGGUGGACACUGAGGCCAUCACCGAGCUGCUGAGCCAAGGCCGGCGAUCCAAGACCACAAAGACCAAGACGCUGGCUUCUUGGGCCACCAAGGAGAUCAAGAAGCUCAAGGGUAGCGCUUCAUGAUAAGCGCUAUACUUGGGUGCGCCACUGUGAAACCCCCAGGAGGGUGCGCACGCCUGGCACUCGUCUCGCACCCCCUUGGAGUGGCGGCCCUGUCUCUUCUGUCUCAAAUCCGUGGCUGAAAAGUGCGAUGCAAGUGCAGUGCAUGGUUGUUGUUGUGCGUGGAGGCUGCUCUGGGACACACUAUUGCCUCCCCUCCCACCUGCAGCAGACGGCGCCAGGGAAAAGGGAGGCACCGGGACACACACGUUGGCCACACGAGGAGGAGGAGUCCCUCCUGACAGCUGCUCUCUUCUACCCCCUCUAUGCUGCCCACCGCCCUCUACCUUUCCACCAUCAUUCCCCCCCCCCCCCUAAUUUUUGUUAUGUUACUGCCAUUCACCAGGUUUUUCUUUUGUAAACGCCGGUUUGUUGUGUGUACAUACAGUACCUUUCAAACCUGCUCACUCAACUCAAGUAGCCAGCCAUGUUGUGCUCUUUCUUAGACUUGUGUUCUUUUCUGUUCCUAGCUUUGCUGCUGAUGUGAUUGCAUUCCUUUGUUAGAGGGGGCAGGGGAGCAGAACUCCCUCUGGACUCAGAGGUUGUAAUAGUUCCUGAUCUGAAGAUAAACACAUUAAGCAAGUGGCUAGACAAAGUCCAAAGUCUAGCUGUGUCAGCUUUGGCACAAAAGGGUGCAUGAUGUGCAGGCUGUGCGGGGAAAUCCUUCGUAUUUCUGAUGGAGGUGAUAUUCUGUAUUGCUCCUUCACCAAAGAGAGAAAAAAAACCUGCUCAGAGCUGCAAACGAGCAGUAACAUCAAGGUAUUUAUCCUUGCAGCUGUUUAACCGCCACCCGGGCAGCUUGAAUGGUGUGCACGUGCAAGAAUUGUACGUGGCAAGUCAGGCCAUCCCUGUGUAUGUUGCUUGCAACAUUCCCUCUCUUGCCCUCUCAGAGCAUCUGCCUGUUUGGCUUAAUUUCGCCUUGCUCUUUUCUUGUCCCAAAUGUUUUUUUCUAAAUCAGGUUCAAUGCACCCUAGAUCACAGCUGCAUUGCAUUCUGUUAGGUUGCUAGGGGGAAAGAAAAAAAGUAAUAAGAUGCAUCAAUUUGGCAAGUGCCUUAACUAAGAUGCCAUAGGCAAGAGUCAUAACAGUGUCAUGGUUGCUGAUUGGCCGCAUUACAAAGAAAUGUAUUGGCACUGUUAUAGCGUGAAGUAGUUAGUAAUCAGGUGUUAAAGAAACAAAGGUUUGGUGCUGAGCACUGUUUUAGUUUCGCAAUCUUGUUUGAAAGCCCAUCAGUUGUGCUAACUUAAUAAGCUACAACCCCUUGUGAAUUGUCUCCUUGACGAUCUUAGUUGUCUUCAAAUUUGUGAAUUUUGUGUAUUUUAUUUGCUCCAUUUUCCAGCACUUUCCAGAUAACCCCUCCUGCUCAUCCCUUUUCCCUGUGUGCUUGGGCAAUUAGUUCUAUUUUUAUUUGUACAGAGUUUGUAUUGAAGAGAGGAGAAAAGAAAAAAAAGUCUGCAUUGGUUGUUUGAAAGAUGUUUUUGUCCCCCAGGAAAACUUGUGCAUAUGGGGUGGUUGAACAACUGUUGGCAUACUGGCCCUUGCCAUUCCAACCUCCCUUCUUGGCAGAAAUAAAAAGAAAGGAUGGAGUCAGUAUCGUUUACUAUAA